UAUUAAUUAAUACCAUCGUGCAGAGUCAAGUUUUUUAUUAUUCUGAAAGUAGAAUGGAAACAAAAAAGUGUACGAGUCGACAAUCUCAUUUCGCAAAAAAAAGAUAUAUUUUAUAUGAUGUGAAUCCACUAGAAGGAUUCAACUUGCGGAGAGAUGUCUAUGUAAGAAUUGCAACAUUUUUGAAACGGUUAAAUGCAGAAGAUAAACAAUACCAAUGGAUAUUAGUGUUACCUCCAUGGGGCCCUUUGUACCAUUGGCAGAGCAAUCAUAUUGGAUCACAAAUCCAAUUAAAAUGGGGAAUGUUUUUUGAUAUUGAAAGCUUAAGAAAAUAUAUUCCUGUUAUGGAAAUGCAUGAGUUCAUUAGUGACUAUCCAGUUAAUAAUGGGAAAACUACAAUUGAUAUCAUAUAUCAAUUACGAAAUGAUAAAAAUAUGUAUGAGACUGGAAUUUUUAAAGAGAAAAAUAUGAUAGUAAGUUGCUCAAAUGGACCUGUUUCUUAUAAGAUAAUUCAUGAUCAACAGUACACAGGUUUUUUUUGGGGGUAUUCCAAUAUUAGUUCAUAUGAUCUUCAAUGUCUUAUUUUUCAUGGAACUAUUUUGAACUUGAAAAAUAAUUUCAAUCCAAAUUUAUACAGAUCUAUUAUGUUCGAUCACAUGGAGAUACCACUGCAUUAUACGUAUGGUUCUACGGAAUACUGGGAAGCAAGACGAAGUAUGCGUUAUAACUCCAUACUUUACAACAUUGCUUACAAUUUUACAUCAAAGUAUAUUAAUUUAAUGGAGCACAUGGAUUUAAUUUGUGAUUUAAAAAAUAAUCAGGGAAAAAAUUUAUCUCAGAAACCACCACAAACUCCAGUAACUCAUGGCUUCGACCUGACCGUGAAUGGCAUCGCAUUCAUUGUGAAUUUUUUGGAUCAUUUCACGGAGACAUAUCUAGUUAUUAUUGAUGCUCAUACGAAAUGGCCCAAAGUUUUGAAUUUAAAAAAAAUCAUGGAAGCUUAUGGGCUAUUAGAAAAGUUUAAAUGUUUAUUGGCACGUUAUGAUUCACCUAUUCAUGUGGUUACAGAUGGCGGACCACAGCUUAGCUCAGCAUCAUCACUUUCCAUCGAGGCGAGCUCAUCUUGCGUCUAG